GUGGAACUAGCUCGUAGAGUGCGCGCUUUGGAGAAGGUCACUGAUGAAAAGGACACUGAACUGGAUCCACCUGUAUUCUCUGAAGAAGAUUUGCUCACACUAUACGAGGAAGUUUUAGCGCAUCCUGAUAUUCAUGUUCAAGAAGAAGAGGCGGAUUCGCGACUGUCUUCACACGCUGGUAUGAAACAGCAACUACAGCACACAAGAUUUGCAGCAGCGUUGCUUCGGGAGUCUAGACUAAAUGAAGCUCCUCCUAAAUCCACUGAUACUUCCACGACUUCUAUGACUCCUGUGUAUCAGCGCGUUCUGAAUCAUACUGCACAUAUUCUACAAGAUAUCGAACGGGUCGAGGAGAGUUUAAUUUCCCAGCCUCGAAAUGCAGAAGAAAACUCCACAACGAAACUUCCCAUACCGCUUCUAUCAAAGCAGGAAUGGGAUGCCUUGAUCAGAGCUACUGUACACACCCGAAAUGUACAACUUGCUGAGCAGACGAUGGAGUCGAUGAAACGUUGUAACCUGAUCAUUCCAGAAGAAUAUCUGAACGCCGUUUUACAACUCCAUAUCGAAUCCCGAGACGACACUCCUUCAUUGGUCAUUCUGAUUUACGUUCUAUUAGGCUCUCCGACACCUCAACAGCAACACCUCCAUGUAAAAUCCCACCUCCUCUCCACACCCCAACACACCCUCCCUACUUCCGCACUAUCCGUCCUACACGCCUACGAGAUGCAAUCCACCCCAGCACCAAUGAAAUCCUACACUUCAACAAUCCAUCGGUUAUUCACCAUCAAUCCCACAGUUUCCCCUAUCGCACACCUCCAAGCCUGGGAUCUUUUCUCCCACAUGCGAUACGUGGCUCACCCCGUCCCCGACGCAAUACUCUACACCGAGAUGAUCCGAGCAUGCGCUUCCUCCUCCGUGAACGGCACCUCUGACCCCGAGCGCGCCUUAGACCUUUUCACCGAAAUGCGCCUAGACCACAACAUCACACCCCUACAACGCACAUGGGAUUCCCUCAUCCUCGCUUGCGCACGUACCUCCGGGUCCCUCGCUCGGAGACAAAAAUACGUCAACGAAGCGUUCAGGUUGGCUAGGGAGAUGCUCGACUCGUAUCGGGACGCGUAUGGACGACCGAAAUAUACACCUGAUAAAAAGACGUUUUGUGCGCUUUUGGAAGGGGCGAAAAGGAUUGGGGACUUGGGGAGGGUGAGAUGGAUUUUGGCGGAGAUGGUAAGGGGGAAGGGUGUGAGUGUUGAGGUGGAUGAGGAGGUCAUGAUGCAUGUAUUCCAUGCGUAUGCGGCAUACAGACCUCCAUUUAAAAGGUCCUUGGCGAGGGUCGUUGAGGAAAGUGGAAAUUCAUCCGUAUCGUCUGAGGGAGAUGUUCCCUCUGCUCAAACUCCAUCGACAAACAGUGAAUCUGUAUCCAAUGCAUCUAUUCGCACACCAUUGUCCCACACCGACGCAUUUUCUGCGUUCUCCCAUGUACCCCCUCAGACUAGCUCCGAGGUCAUCACAGAGGUGGAUAUAUUAUUCGAUCGGAUAUUAGACGAAAGGUCCGAAACCAAAGACGAUGACAUACUCUCUGGCAAAUUUAGUUCCGUUAAACCAACCACCCGACUACUCAAUUCGUAUCUAUCGGUGUAUUAUAACCAUCAUCAGUCUUUGGAAGCUGUGAGGUCGCGUCUCGGUGGUGUUUUUCACCAGAUGACGGACGUACAACCCGAUGCCCGGACAUAUGUUGAAGCCCUCGAACGGUGUGCGAUUUCGAAAAAACACGAGAGAGGGGUUGCAUUGAGGUUUGCGGAGGAGGUGUUUGAGAAAUGGGAGGGCAUAGAAAACAAGGUGGGGGUUGAGGCGGUAGUAUCGCCGAGGAUUAUAGAAAGAGCACACGUUGCUUGGAUUAGGAUGCUAACACUCACGAACAACACCGAUCGUGCCCUCUCCCAUUUGCGUACUUUCGUCCAAAAAUAUCCGGCGUCAGCUAUCCGUUUCCCUCAAAAAUCCAGUACCCCUAUCCACUCACAAACCACGACGUUUCUGAAACCCGCUAUGCGUUCCACCAGAACCUCACUCGUCGGUGCACGCCCGCUUGUAAGGCUUACUUCACCUGUAUCCGCUGCAUCAGCGAUUUCAAUUGUAUCCCCUGUCAAUGAACAAGUAGGUGGUAGUGGUGGACAAAUACCCCCGCUGUUAAUGUGGAGAGAUCUAGAAGUACUGCACCAUCGCAUAAUUGCUGAAAAAAGGGAGAAGGAUCUUGCGUAUAUCAAGUGGGUGUGUAAGAGUUAUGAGUGGGCAUUAAGAGUGAGAAGGGAUGAGGCGAUGAGAGCGGGGGUAGAAGUGGAAUCGAAACAGGAACGAGGAGUGCAGGAGGCGGAGGCGCAAUCUGAUGUGAAGACCGAGGUGGUUCAGGAAAAGUAG